AUGGCGAGUGUCGUGGGUUUGGAUAUCGGAAACAGUAGCAGCAAGAUCGGCGUUGCGCGUGCGCGCGGUGUCGACAUUGUUGCCAAUGAGGUGAGCAACCGCAGCACCCCUUCGCUCGUGUCUUUCGGCCAGAAGGCGCGUGCGAUCGGUGAGGCCGCGGCCACCGCUCAGACCUCCAACUUUAAGAACACCGUUGGUUCGCUCAAGCGUCUAGUCGGCCGGACCUUCCAGGACGAGUCGAUCCAGAACACGGAGAAGAAGUUUGUCACGACCGAGCUCGUCGACGCCAAGGGCGAGGUCGGUGUCAAGGUGAACUACGCCGGCGAGUCGCAUGUCUUCUCGGCCACCCAGGUGAUGGGCAUGUACCUCGCCAAGCUGCGCGACACUGCCCAGGCCGAGCUCGCUGGUGCGGGUGUGAGCGACGUUGUGCUCUCGGUCCCCAUCUGGUUCUCCGACGCCCAGCGCCGUGCCAUGCUCAGCGCCGCUGAGAUCGCCAACCUCAACCCCCUGCGCGUGAUGAAUGAGCCGACGGCCACCGCCCUCGGCUACGGUAUUACCAAGACCGACCUGCCCGAGCCGGAGAACCCCCGCAACGUGGUGUUUGUCGACAUUGGUCACUCGAGCUACCAGGUCUCGGUGGUCGCCUUCAGCAAGGGCCAGCUCACCGUGCUCGGUGCGUCGGCUGACCCCGACUUUGGUGGCCGCGACUUUGACCGCGCCCUCGUCCACCACUUUGCCGAGGAGUUCAAGGGCAAGUACAAGAUCGACGUCUUCUCGAACCCCAAGGCCAUCUUCCGUCUUUCGGCCGGCUGUGAGCGCCUGAAGAAGGUGCUGUCGGCCAACACCCUGGCCCAGCUCAACGUCGAGAGCAUCAUGAAUGACAUUGACGCCUCGUCGCAGCUCAAGCGCGAGGAGUUCGAGCAGCUCAUUGCUCCUUACCUCGAGCGCGUCGAGGCUCCCCUCAACGCCGCCCUCGAGCAGUCGGGUCUCUCCAAGGAUGAGAUCUUCUCGGUGGAGCUCGUCGGUGGCAGCAUCCGUGUGCCCGCCCUCAAGGAGCGCAUUUCGCAGUGGUUCAACAAGGGUCUCUCGACCACCCUGAACCAGGAUGAGGCUGUCGUCCGUGGCUGCACCCUCGCCUGCGCCACUCUCUCGCCUGUCUUCCGUGUGCGUGAGUUUGCUGUGCACGACAUCUCGCCUUACCCCAUCAAGGUCUCGUGGGAGCCCGCGGCAGAUGUGCCGGACGAGGAGAACGAGCUGGUGGUCUUCACCCCCAACAACCCCGUUCCUUCGACCAAGAUUCUCACGUUCUACCGCAAGGAGCCCUUCACGCUCCAGGCUGCUUACGCGGACCCCGCCAAGCUGCCCAAGGGCAUUAGCCCCGCGCUGGGCAGCGUCACGGUCCAGAACGUGACCCCCAACGCCCAGGGCGACCACUCGAUCGUCAAGGUCAAGGCCCGCCUGAACCUCCACGGUGUCCUCAACGUCGAGAGCGCCUACACUGUCGACGAGGUCGAGAAGGAGGAGGAGGUGCCCGUCCCUGAUGCCCAGCAGGUCGAGGGUGAGGCGCCCAAGACCGAGAAGAAGCUCGUCAAGAAGCUUCAGCGCAAGGACGACCUUCCUGUCGAGUCGAACAUCGGCCACCUCGACCCUACCCUUCUUGCUCAGCUCAAGGAAGAGGAGGGCAAGAUGCACGCCGCCGACAAGCUCGUCGCCGACACCGAGGACCGCCGCAACGCCCUCGAGGAGUACAUCUACGACCAGCGCUCCAAGCUCGACGAGCGCUACGCCGCUUACGUCCAGCCCCAGGAGAAGGAGGCCUUCCUGGCCAAGCUCGCCGAGACCGAGGACUGGCUCUACACGGACGAGGGUGAGGAGGCGACCAAGUCGACCUACAACUCUCGUCUUGAGGACCUCCAGAAGAUCGGUGCCCCGAUCCAGAACCGCCACAAGCAGAACGAGGAGCGCCCCAAGGCCGCCUCGGCUCUGCGCGAGGUUCUGAACAAGUACACCUCGAUCUUUGAGAACGAGCCCGAGAAGUACGACCACCUCACCGAUGACGACAAGACCAAGGUCAUCGAGGCGGCCGCCAACACUUCCAAGUGGCUCGACGACAUGAUGUACAAGCAGAGCGAGCUGCCUAAGAACGUCGACCCCAAGCUUACCACCGAGGCCAUCCUCAAGCAGAAGGACGAGGUGAUCUACGUCGUGACGCCCAUCCUCUCGAAGCUCAAGCCUCGUGUGACGAACGAUGCGCCGAAGGCCGAGGAGCCGUCCAACAAGGAUGAGAAGCAGGGCGACAUGGACGUGGACUAA